AUGACUGACAAUAUUGAUAUUGCUUAUCUUAUGCCUUUCAAGACUCAGCAACAACAGCUUUAUUAUCAUCACUUCGAAAACUUUAAUGCUAAUAAUGAAAAUCAUGCCAUAUCAUUCAAUGUUAUCAAUGCUUCCUUAUAUUCUUCUUCAGAAAAUAAUGAUCCAAUCUACUUUCACCUGUCUAAUGUCAAUUUCAAUAGUAACAAUAAUUCUUUCACCGAUAAUGAGAUUCAUGAUAGUAUUCAUUACGAUAAUAAUGAGAUUUCAGUUCAUCAACAUUUAAUCACGUUCACUUCCUGGAAUCACUACCAACAACAACAUUAUUCCAAUUCUCUUGCAAGUUCUACAACCGUAAAUGAAAAUUCUGAAAUAUUGACAAAUCCAACUCAAAAUGAUCUUAAAGCAGAUGAAGAUUGCAAUAAACAUUAUAGUGAUAGCGACAAUAGCGAUAAUGAUUUUCAUUUUGAAAUUUGCAAUUCGUCACACGAAUUGAUGAAUUUCUUCGUUGAGUGA